AACACACCUUUAUUUUGAAUGGGGCGCACCCUUCAGAGCCGGUUUGACCUGCUAGGGGUGAGCAAAUAUUUGAUAGAGAAAGGCUCCAGUUGCUGAACAUUGUUGAUAGAGACGUUAGCUGUUCAGGUGCUGCGUUUAAACACAGAUUCAGAGAAAGAUGGCAGGGGACGACUCCGCAGGCAGACCCAGAGCUGCCCGGCGAGCGCGAUGGUGGCAGCUCAGUCAGAGGUGGAGGAUGGUGGGAGUUUUUGAAAUCGACAGCAAACAUGAGUUCUACUCUCUGACCUCCAUGAUGAAGGAAGGCCUGCAGGCCUGCAUCCAGAACACAGAGGAGCAGGAUUCACUCACAGAUGCACAUUUCAAGACUGAGGACGUUCAACAAUGUAAGGGGUUUGAGAUGCAUGCGUUUGCAGCAACGGUGUUCUCUGCACUGAGGCGUUCACUGGACAUUAGUGAGCAGGAAUUUCUGGACUCCCUCUGCUCCGACGCCAACUACCUUCAGUUUAUAAGUAACUCCAAAAGCAAGGCGGAUUUCUUCCUCACAAAUGAUAAAAGGUUUUUCCUGAAGACCCAGAACGAGCGAGAGAUCAGGUUCCUACUGUCUAACCUGCCGGCGUACAUGGAGCACCUGGAGAAAUACCCUCAUUCACUGAUGGUGCGGUUUCUGGGGGUCCACCAGAUUGUUGUUCCAAAUCAACUGAAGAAGUACUUCAUCGUGAUGCAGAGUGUAUUCUACCCUGAUGAAAGGAUCAACAUAAGGUACGACAUCAAAGGCUGUGAGGUUGGGAGGUGGACGGACCCUGAGGCAGGAGGAGAGCAAAUCAUAAAGGUGCUAAAGGACAACAACUUCAGAGGACAGAGCAUUGCUUUAGGACCAGAAAAGUCCUGGUUUGCCAGACAAGUCAAAGCUGAUGCAGCUUUUCUCCAAGAGCUGAACGUGCUGGACUACAGCCUCCUGUUGGCCCACCAACCUCUGCAUCAGGAUGAGCUGGACGGCAAGCAUUCCUUCGCCGACCUCAUCCUCCGAACCACAAAAUCUUUGGACCUGGAUGACCGUCCCACAGACCCAGAUCCCUGCCAUGUUCCCUUACUGCACAGUCGGAGUGAAGAUGUUCAGGAUGGUGCUGGCUGUGGGUCUGAGGGCCCUGAACCGACCCAGGAGACGAUGUGUGAUGCAGAGCUAAAGGAAUUCCACGAACAUAAUCGAAGACUGUUGCCAAACUUCAAGAAUGCGAUUCAUGUGAUAGACGGAGCAGACCGCCGCUACUUUGUGGGCAUAGUGGACAUUUUCACCGUUUACAGUCUGAGGAAAAGACUGGAGAAUCUGUGGAAGAACCUUCGCUUCCCUGGCAGAGAUUUUUCUACUGUCAGUCCUGUAAAGUACUCCCAGAGGUUCUGCAGGUGGAUCCAGCAGCAUACUCAGUGACUCAAUGGGACAGAUAUCAUUUGUUUUCUGGUUCCACUUUGUUGACUUGUUGUUUUUAUAUCCAUUUUGGUCCAAAUAGUUUUUUGAUAAUGCUUUUUUAAAUCAAAUAAAACAGAUGAAUCUUUAUUUUAAAUAAAAAAUGCUGUAUCUGUUCUCAGGUUAUCUUUAGAUGAUGCACUGUAGCCUAAAUCUAUUAGGUGUGCUGUUAUUUCCAUAGUAGCGCCAGCAGGGGGCAACAUCGCACCAAUUUGUCGACUGAGAGAAACUGCUUCAAUUAAAAUGUUUUUGCUUCAAAA